AUGGACCUCCUUUCCCAACCAAUCAGCUUAUUGUGCCAAGGCUCUAGUGCCCAGGCUCUCCAUAAGAACCACAAAGGCAAUAAUAGGCUUGGCACUGGUUUUCCAACUCCAUCUGGAGGCCAAGCCCUCCUUUACCAAACUGGUUUUGUCAAGCAUGCAUCAUUCUUCAUCAGCAACUGGUUAAAAGAUAUUCUUGCCAUACUUCUUGGGCUUCCAUAG